ACUAUAAACAACUUUACCGCUUUGAGUACAAGCAGUUUGGAGUGCAGGAAGCAGUAGGAAAAUCUGAUUGAAAAUAACACUUGUCUGCUCGGUACCAAGAUACCUUCUGGUAUCACUAUCACUGACUCCCCACAUAUUGAUACUGGGAGACAAUUACAGAACAUAGAUCUGAGAAACAGGAUGAAUGUCUUUACACUUGUGUCUUCGUUACACUGUCAUGCAAUGGCGAAAGUGUUGUUGUUGGUUUCGUUGGCGUCUGUGGCCUGGUGUGAGCGGCCCCUGGCCCCUCUGAUCCCAGCUAUGUGUGGCCGGCACAGCCCCAAGGCCAAGAUGGACACAGCUCUGGUCAAGGUCAUCAACGAUGAUACGAAGGUUCCCCUGGUCGUGUACUUACAGAGCCAGCAGUGUUACAAGUGCGACCUAAUCCCCACUGUUACAGUAAUAGAGAACUGUACACUCUCUGUGGACUCGCGAUGGCCAGUCCGGGUGGAGAUUCGACUGGUAGACAGUAAUGGGACUCUGGUCAAACCUUCGCUGUCUUGCAGUGAGGAGUCCCUCACAGACUUGUAUGUGGAGGGAGGUGUCUACAACAUUUACAUCCAGCAUGAAGGUUCGCAGGCAGGCCAGGAUAUCUCAUGCAUGUCCGUUCUAAUGAACGACCCCGAAGAUUCCAACAUUCCCAUCUACGUUACCAUUAGCAUUGGACUUUUCCUCAUCAUAAUGUGGAUUCUCGGGAAAUAUCUUCACAGGAGAGGCUACAUUCGUCGUGUGCUGUGUUUUUGGAGCACGGAAAACAUGAUGUCUGACCUCGGGACUCCGACAAACAUCAGUCGUGUGGAUGACUCAUCAGGGUCAGAGGUCAAGGUGCCGGUCAAAGAACGUCUCAAGUCGCUGGACACAUUCAGGGGGAUAGCAAUAAUUAUAAUGAUAUUUGUCAACUAUGGUGGGGGCAAGUAUUGGUUCUUCAAGCAUUCUAAGUGGAAUGGCCUGACCGUGGCAGAUUUAGUGUUCCCCUGGUUCGUUUUCAUCAUGGGUACAGCGAUGGUGUUCAGUUUUCAAGGACAGCUUAGACGGUCUGUACCAAAGUGGAAAAUAUUCCUCAAAAUUCUGAAGCGAUCUGCUACGCUCUUCAUACUUGGGCUUCUUAUCAAUUCCUUUGGCAUGACUGAUGGUGUGGACUUUGACAACUUCCGGAUCCCAGGCGUGUUGCAGAGGUUUGCUGGGACGUACCUGAUCACUGCCUCUGUGUUCCUGUUUCUGGCACCUGUACACAACCCUGCACAGUAUCUGGGUCCUGGAGGUCUGGAGAAUGGUGGGAGGUUCUUCAACUGUACAGGCGGGGCUGCCGGGUACCUGGACCGCAAGAUUUUUGGCCCCGCCCACAUUUAUAGGCACCCAACGAGCACGGAAAUCUAUAAGCAGAGUGUUGGCUAUGAUCCUGAAGGCUUGUUGGGAACUUUGAACUCGUGUUUUAUGUGUUUCUUGGGGCUUCAGGCUGGAAAGAUUUUGUUUGUGCACUCCGACUGGGUGAAAAGGUGCCGCAGAUUUUUCCUGUGGUCCAUUCUUACGGGAGGUCUGAGCUUGGUGCUGUGUGAAGCAUCCCUCAAUGACGGCUGGAUCCCGAUCAACAAAAACUUGUGGUCUCUGUCCUUCGUCCUGGCCCUGUCUGGCAUGGCCUUCUUCCUCCUCAUGGUCUGCUAUCUCCUCAUUGACGUCUACAAGGUCUGGACCGGGGCACCCUUUUAUUACGCAGGCAUGAACUCCAUCGCUCUGUACUGUGGUCACGAGUUUUUCUCCGGCAAAGCCCCCGUGUCGUUUGUGGUCCCGAAGACGCACGCCUCGCUGCUGGCCCUCAACUUGUGGGGGGCGACCUUCUGGGUCUUGGUCUCUGUCUACUUCUACUACAAGGACAUCUUUAUCUCUGUCUGAUGUGUGUCUGUCUGUCUGUCUGAUGUGUGUCUGUCUGUCUGUCUCUGUCUACGUCUA